UGUCACAUGUGUCAAGCAACCUCUAAAGUCCUGCUGAAAGCGCACCCAGCUACUUUUAGGUAAUGAACUCUUCUUAAAAAGCGUGUGAAAAUGUUUAAACAAGCAUGUACUGAUUAGUCGGUGCGUGUUUUUUAAGUUAUUGUAACGUAUUUAAUAUGAAUACGGUCCAUCUGAAGCUCAGGCCAUUUAUACCUCUGUUUAUUAAAGGCAGAGCUCUCUUUGCUGGCCCUCCGGCUGUCGCCCGCUGUGAUUUCCCUCUCUGCCGGACUGUUUUGCAGUUUUUCCGGACAAUGGCUACUAGUAAUAAUAAUAACCCAGAUAUAAGACAGCCGCUGGGUUUUAGGAAAGCCAAGCAGAAGGAGCCGCUGCGGCGGUUGAAGGCCAAAGAGAGCAGGAACAAACGAGGGGACGCUCACGGACCAUCCACGGUGUACCUGCAGGUGGUGGGUGCUGGGAGCAGAGACAGUGCUGCAACUCUGUAUGUCUUCUCCGAGUACAACAGAUACCUGUUCAACUGUGGUGAAGGAACACAGAGACUCAUGCAGGAACACAAACUGAAAGCUGCUCGAUUGGACAACAUCUUCCUGACCAGACUGAGCUGGGAGAACGUGGGAGGUUUAUCAGGGAUGAUCUUAACAUUAAAGGACACAGGGGUUCCAGAGUGUGUGCUCUCUGGUCCUCCGCAGCUGGAGAACUAUGUGAAUGCCAUCAAGUCGUUUUCUGGGCCGCUAGCAGACAUCAAGCUGUCGGUUCGACCGUACACUGAAGAGACGUACACGGACGAAACGAUGACUGUUUAUCAGGUGCCAAUAUUUGCCCAGUUAAGGAAUGAAGACAGACAGCUCUCCCCCAAAUCAGGCAGGAGCAGCCCAUCUCAGAGUCCUCCCUCUCCCCGGAGAGACGACAUCCACAAUAACACCUGCAGAGAUGGUACAAGCAGUCCAGAUCUUGAAGGUGACACACGAAACACAACCAGAGAUCCCUCUCUGGUGGUUUCCUUCAUAUGCAAGCUUCACCCCAAGAAAGGAAAUUUCUUAGUCCUUCAAGCCAGGGAGCUCGGCUUGCCUGUAGGCACAGCAGCAAUUGGUCCUCUCGUAACAGCUCUGAAGGACGGGAAAAGUGUCACAUACGAAGGAAAAGAGAUCCGUCCGGAGCAGGUUUGUACUCCUGCUGACCCCGGACCAGUGUUUAUUGUCGUCGAGUGUCCAUCUGAGGAGUUUGUGGAAGCUGUUUGCACCAAUCAGCAGCUGAGAAGAUAUCAAACAGGAGGGACAGAGGACCCUGCUGCACUGGUCGUCCACAUGACUCCAGAGUCUGUUUUGACAACGGAUCAAUACAAAAAGUGGAUGGAGAGGUUUCCAUCCGCAACCGAACACCUGAUCCUUAAUGAACAAGUCUGUACGGUCCACAACAUCAGGAGUCAAAAGCUUCAGACUCAGCUGAACAUGAUUCACCCAGAGAUCUUUCCACAGCUCAAGUCUUACAGAUCAAAGGAGGCCCAGGCUGCCCUGCACGUCCCCAACGUCAGAGCCGAGUGUCUGCUCAAGUUCCAGCUCAGACCCGUAAUGGAGUGGCAAAGAGACGCCAUCCCCUCCUGCAACGCUGAGGAGUUUGUGAAAGAGGCGUCUGAGGUCCCAAACUUUAUGGAAGAAGUAGACAAGUGCAGGAAGAUUUGCUCCACUGACACUGCAGAGCUUUCUGGGAAAGGAGAAAAUUACCCAGAGGUGGUUUUCUUGGGAACAGGAUCAGCUCUUCCAAUGAAGAUCAGAAACGUCAGUGGCACUUUAGUCAAUAUCAGCCCGAGUCAGUCCUUGCUGUUGGACUGUGGAGAGGGAACCUUCGGUCAGCUCUGCAGACACUACGGGGACACUUUGGAUGAAGCACUGUCCAAGAUCUCAACUGUUUUCAUCUCACACAUGCACGCAGACCACCACACAGGGCUGCUGAUGCUGCUGUAUCAGAGGGAAAGAGCACUGACGACGUUAGGAAAAGCAUUCCGCCCCAUCUACCUGGUGGCCCCCGCCGACAUCAUGUCCUGGCUCCACCAGUAUCACAAUCACUGCGAGGAGAUUCUCCACCAUAUCAACCUUAUCCCAAACAGAUUUCUGUGUGAGGAUGCUAAGGUGACGGAUCAGAGGACAGAGUCUUCAAUCCAAGCAAUGCUGAAGAAGAAUGAUUUGGAAAAGUUCCAGACGUGUCGAGUGCGUCACUGCAAAAACGCCUUCGCCUGCAGCUUCACUCACCAGUCCGGCUGGAAACUGGCCUUCUCUGGUGACACCAUGCCCUCCGAUGCGUUCGUACACACCGGAAAGAAUGCAACCUUACUGAUCCACGAGGCCACACUGGAGGACGGGCUGGAGGAGGAGGCUGUAGAGAAAAGACACAGCACAACCUCCCAGGCCAUUGGUAUCGGCAUGAGGAUGAACGCUGAGUUCAUCAUGCUGAACCACUUCAGCCAGCGCUACGCCAAGAUCCCUCUCUUCAGUGAAGACUUCAGUGACAGAGUGGGGAUAUCGUUCGACCACAUGAGAACUCGCUUUGGAGACUUUAAAAUUCUCCCCAAGCUGAUUCCUGCACUUAAAACCCUUUUCGCUGAGGAGAUUGGUGAGAUGGAGGAGAGAAGAGAGAGGAGGGAGCUGAAAAAUCCAAGAGGAAGCAGCUCCGAGGUGAACAGUGAGCAGAAGACGGCCGACGAGAGCCGAGGUGCCAAAAGAGACCAGGAGGAGGCAGCGGCACACAACGUAGAAAUGAAGAGGCUGAAAAUGAGCUGAAGCCUGAGUGAUGGACACUGUUUAAAACAAACAGACUUUAACUGAGAGCAUCCUGAGUUCUUUUAUUUAAAUGAAAUAGAGAGUUAUAUUUGGCCCGUGUGGUUUCAUGAAAGAAAAGUCAUGUAGAUUUCCUGCAUUGCAGUGUACAGAGCUGAGCUGUGAAUAUAGUUUGUGUUUUUCAUUUAACAGAAUAAAGCAAUGCCACACAGUCUGUA